UGUUGGCUUAGAUGUUUUAUCUACUCUGGGCAGAACUUCAGUAAGAAAGAGCAUAACAUGUGUACAAUGUAAAUUAUUGCAACAUCUGAUCCACUUGUGUCUAUUGUUUAUUUAACUUUUAAUCUGAAGAGAACAUAUUGCAACCGGAAAUAUGUAUUGUACCUAGUAACUUAGCACAGGCUAGCCAGCUGGAUGGAAAAAAGGGAGUCGGGCAAUUUCAAACAUGAACAAGCUGAAGUCCUCACAGAAGGAUAAAGUUCGUCAGUUCAUGAUCUUCACUCAGUCCAACGAGAAAAUUGCGUUAGCCUGUCUAUCACAAAAUGAGUGGAAGUUAGAUGUUGCCACUGAUAACUUCUUCCAAAACCCAGAGCUCUACGUUUCAAAUUUAAAGGGAGUCUUGGACAAGAGAAGGCUUGAACAGCUGUACAACCGAUACCGAGAUCCUCAAGAUGAUAACAAGAUCGGUAUUGAUGGAAUCCAGCAGUUUUGUGACGACCUGGGCCUGGACCCGGCGAGUGUAAGCGUGCUCCUUAUUGCGUGGAAAUUCCGGGCAGCCACGCAAUGCGAGUUCUCAAAGCAGGAGUUCAUGGAUGGAAUGACAGAGCAAGGGUGUGACAGUAUAGAAAAGCUAAAAGCUCAGUUACCCAAAUUGGAACAAGAGCUGAAAGACCAAGGAAGAUUUAAGGACUUUUACCAGUUUACAUUUAACUUUGCUAAGAAUCCUGGCCAGAAAGGAUUAGAUCUAGAAAUGGCAAUCGCAUACUGGAAUUUAGUAUUGGCUGGAAGAUUCAAGUUCCUGGAUCUGUGGAACAAAUUUUUAGUUGAACACCAUAAAAGGUCAAUUCCCAAAGACACAUGGAACCUCUUGUUAGACUUCAGCACAAUGAUCACAGACGACAUGUCGAAUUACGAUGAGGAAGGCGCAUGGCCGGUACUCAUCGACGACUUUGUGGAGUUUGCGAGGCCACACAUUGGGACCAAAAGUACAGCGGUUUAACAGAGGCAGCCCGCGGUGGCUUCCGGAACAUUAACGUUUGUACAAAACCUCACCGAACCUCGGUGGGGAGUCGGGGAAGGGGAUUGCACUGAGCUGAGAUCUACAUUGCCUUUUCAACCCUCAGGACCGAGACGUUUUACAAAGAGACAUUUUAAGAUAUACAACAUAUAUAAAGAAGGCGUAUCUCCUCGUCUGUGGAAUGGGAGGGGUUGGUUUGGGGGCUUUUAUUUCAAAUCUAGGUCUUUUUUUCUUUGAGCUCAAACAAACUGAAAAGAAGCUACCAUCUUGGAAUGAUGCAGAUCCAGUCCAGCAAGUCGAUUGAAAUGGGCCUGGCUCAAGGAGCUACUACCUUGUUACACUGGCUUUUGAAUCAUGAUCUGAGAAGUCAGCGAGGGACUCAUACUUCGAAAUAUUGAAUCAAAUUUUAAUACUUUUGAGUGCAUACCUGCUACAAUUUCUUUAACUUUUAAUAAAUAUUUUGGUGACAGAUCAGUACAAAAUAGUGAUUGUAUUUUUUUUGUUUUAGGCAUAAUGCUGUUUUCAAACACAUGUAUAAAGACAAUAAAUAUUUCAAUAUUGUA